AUGCACCCGCCAGGCCCGCCCCGCGUGCUGCCGCGGCUCGUCGUGCCGCCGCUCGUCGUGCCGCUGCGAUGCUGGCGCUGCUUCUCGACGACGCGCGCCGCCCGCGAGAUCCGCAGCGUGUCUGAGCUGCCCGCGCGCGUGCGCCCGUCGUACGUGCAGUCGCCCGCCAACACGCUGCUGAGCCUGCAGUGGCCGUCGCCGCCGCGCAACGUGCUCAUCACCAAGAAGAAGCGCACGCCCAACAUCACCGCGUCGGUAGUCGAGUUCGCCGCCCACAUCCACGCCACCUACCCGGGCAUCAACGUCAUCCUCGACCGCGAGUCGGCGCGCGAGGUCCACGGCCAGCUGCGCUUCCCCGUCUACGCCUACGACCGCGCCGCUGGGCUCGCCGACAAGACCGACCUGGUCUGCACGCUGGGCGGCGACGGGACGCUACUGCGCGCGAGCAGCCUGUUCAGCCACGUCGAGAGCGUGCCGCCCGUGCUGAGCUUCGCCAUGGGCACCAUUGGCUUCCUGGGCGAGUGGAAGUUUGGCGAGUACAAGCGCGCCUUCAGGGACAUGUACAUGAGCGGCGCGCCAGACGCCUACGCGAAGCUGGACGCCCCUGCGCCCGACCCACCCCGCCCGAGCGAGGCACCGUCCUCCCCCCUCGACACCCCGCUCUCGUACGCCGACAUCCGCGGCAAGGCCAUGGGCGUCAACCGCAGCGCCCGCGUGCUCCUGCGCAACCGCCUCAAGGUCGGCAUCUUCGCCCCCGACGGCACGCGCAUCGGCGGCGACGCCGACACGUACGCCCUCAACGAAGUCACGCUGCACCGCGGGUCGAGCCCGCACCUCAAGAUCAUCGACGUGUACAUCAACCACCGCUUCCUAACCGAAGCCGUGGCCGACGGCAUGAUCAUCAGCUCGCCGACCGGCAGCACCGCGUACAGCCUGUCCAGCGGCGGCAGCAUCGUGCACCCGCUGGUGCCCUCGCUGCUACUAACCCCGAUCUGCCCGCGCUCGCUGUCCUUCCGCCCGCUGCUGCUGCCCGCCGAGACGCCCAUCACCCUGCGCCUCGGCGACAAGAACCGCGGCAAGCAGGUCGAGGUCAGCAUCGACGGCAACACCGUCACCGAGGGGCUGGGGUCCGGCAUGGAGGUGCGCGUCAUGGGCGAGGAUGUGCGCACCAAGACGGGCGAGUGGCACGGGGGGGUGCCGUGUAUUGUGCGCGCCACGGGCGAUGAUCAGACCGAGGAUCAUUGGGUUGGGGGGCUGAAUGCGCUGUUGAAGUUUAAUUAUCCGUUCGGCGACCAGGAUACGUGA